AUGCGUUUCUUGAAUAAGGCGGUGGAAGAGCAUCUAAAGGUAUGGGGAUUCACAGCGAACGAACUGGCCCUCCAACCAACUGAUUUUCCUACAUCGUUGAGCCCACCGAACCCUGCAAGACCGAACGUCGGCGAGCAGCUCUCCAACCAGGCACAGGAGCUAGAGGAGGAGGUGAAGGAGGAGGAGGAGGAAGAAGACGAGGAAGAGGCCGGAUCAAGGGCGAUCGGGCACAGCAACUUCAAGCGAAAAAGACAGAAACACCCCCAACCUGGAGGAGGCGCCGGUCCGGCGGUACCUACGGCUAGGCACGCAGGCCACCCGGACAACCAGGGCGGCUCCGCGGGCGGUGUUCACCCCGAGGCGACGAGACACCGGGGCGGUGGAGACGCUGCUGGCGCACUCUCGCUCCCAGACGCGACCGCCGCCCCUUCGGGGCUCGACGACAACAUGGGUCGUCCCGUGCGCGAGGUGGACGGCAGAGACAUCCAGGCGACCGCCGGCGCCUCUUCCCGAGCCGGCAACUCGGACCCGCUGAGGAACGCCCGCCUACUACCCCCUUCGCCGGCACCAUCACCGCCUCCCCCGGCACCGGCAGCCCUUCCCCCGGCACCGGCCGGCGAGCCCAACAUUUUGCAGCCCCCGGACCCAGCUCCGCAGCGGCAGGCGCCCUUCCCUCCUCCUGCCGCGCCGGAGGCCCGCUACUCUCUUUCCUGGGACGAUCUACUAGGCGCGGUGGACGACGACGACGAACCCCAUGCCCAGGCCGUGCCUUGGGCGGGUGUUAUCGGUGCCCCACUCAUGCCUGCGGGCCCUGCACCGUCACGGUUCGACUUGUCGGAGGUUGGACCCCUGAAUUUUGCAGAAUCACCGGUUGAAGGCUAUGGAGGUCACCAAGAAGGCGGGAAUGGAGGUGAAGAAGGAGUACCGGCUGAAGCCGCCGAGGGCGACAGUCAUGAGCAACAAGGCGGGAAUGACGGAGAGGCGGCGGCACCGGAUGCCGCGCCCGUACCCCCUGUAGAGCCUGCACGCCGUAUCGGUUCUAGGAUGAGGCGGCCAAGCCGAAGGCUGGUAGAAUCUCUCGCCCAAGCUUGA